AUGGAGGACUUGUCUUCAGUGCUCACCAGAGCCGGUGGCCCCGCCCAGUACCUGGCCGAUGUGGACUUGUUGGAGUUCGGGGAGUGGUUGUGGACAACCUUUCCGGAAGAAGAUUCAUGUCUGUAUCAUCACACCAAAGGAUUGCCAUUGAUUCAGGAGUCUGAAGCCAGUUCAACCCCUCCGUUCUUGUGCCAUGUAGCCAGUUUGGGGUUCUCUGAGAAAUGUUCUCUGAAGCCUCCUCCAGGCCAAGCGCAAUGUCUUGCUUUGUGUGAGCAGUUCUUACUGGAAGGUUUCCUCACCACAACACCGGACACUGGGCCGCUGCUGGUGUUGGAGAACAUGCUAGUUGAAGACUCCCGACGUCCAGUGUCUUUGUGGCAUGAUGGAGUUACAGAACCUUUGCCUUGCUUUAGAGUGGGAUACCUGAAGGGUAUGGCUCGCGCUUCAUCUUUGUUGUUUUUGCUGCACCGCUUGAUGGUGAUGAAGUUCGAUGCUUGGGCAGACCUCAGCGCUCUGUAUGCUUCGGUGAGGCGCAUUCACAUGCACAGUGUGAAGGUCAGUUCACGGGUAGAAGAGGCUUUGACCAACAUGAGGAUCAGCUGUCGGUCUUCCCUUCGGAAAGCAACCACUACACUGGAAUGCGUUGUGAUGGUGAAAAACUUGAUGAACAUGGGCAGUGUGCGAGAUCACAUGGUCUUUGUCCGGCAGUGGAACUCUAUGUCUGCCCAACAGUUUCAAUUCAAAGGGAAACGUUUGACCGCCAUGAAGUUGCUCUUUGAAGAAGCCCCUGAGGAGGCCCUCCAGCUGAUCUUGAGCCAUGUGUCAGAAAUGGGUUCUGACCAGGCUCUUUGGUCGGAUGACAACUUGUCUACCAAGAAGCUUUUCCCAAAGUUUUCCUUCCCGGCCAAAUCGAAGAAAUGGGUGAACCGUUUGAAAACCAGUGACCAAAGCAUGUUGCUUGCAAUCCGCUACUUGCAUGCAAAGUUCAAGGCCCGAUCGGUGGAGAUGCGUUCCAGGCCCGAUUCAAGUGUUGUAGAGGAUGCAUCGAGGAAAGCUGCCUUGGCUUACAACUUAGCCAAUGAACUAUGCAACCUGGUGCCUUUGAGGUUUGAGCAGGUUUUCCAGGAUUGGUGUGUGGCUUGGGCUGAAGGGGAUUGCAACGUGGAUACUGAGCUAGAUAGUUUGCUCCUUGAAAGGAGAGAAGACUUGGAUCCUCGAACCCAUGUGCCCAGCAUGAAGAAGUUGUGUGAUGUCAUCUCCCGACCAGUGGUGAGAAGCCACCAUGAGGAAAGCUCCAUCACACAAGGACAAUUUGAUUUGGUGGUGAAGCAAAUUGAAUAUGAUGUUCAGGUUUUCACCACAUGGGAGGCCAAGAAAGCCACAGCUAUGGCUAAUCGUGAUCAUGCUGCAAUGAAAUGGAAGGUUGACAAGAGGCAGCAGGCCCUCGCCGCAGCUGACACCUUCUUCGAGUCUUGCUGUCGGAUUGCGCCUUGGGACAAGAAGGUUGAGAAGAACAUCGGCGAAUGCAUGAACUUUAGGCGCCAAGUGAUCAUGAACCAAAUGGGCUUGGAGCAUGCGACCCAGAUCCCACACAUUUGCUACCUCAAUGCCAGUGCCCCAUGUGUCCUCUCCACGGUGCAUUUGAAGAACAGUGUUGAGGUGAUGACCUGGGCCUUGGCUGAGAAUAUGCAAGGCGUGGGUCUUGUAGUCAACCCAGUGUUCAGCUACCAAAAGGGCCGCAUCCUUUUGGAAGAACGCGCCUUGUAUGACCAGCUCAUGGGUGGGAAUCACAAUCUGGAUUGGGGCUUUGCCAUAAUGUUUGGCAACCGGCAGGACAACAGAGACCUCCGACCUCUGGUGUACGUGGCCCAGCUGCACCAACGAGAUAUGCGAGAAGUGGAAAACUUGGCUGACGAUGCUUUGCCUGAGUCUACUGAUACCACCAGCCGAGUGAAAGGUGCUUCAAAAUACUCACAAAUUGGUGCCGAUUGUUGCCAUGAGCUGCUCAAUGGCUUGCUGAAAGGGAGCACAUACUCAACCAUUGGUCCCGCUCUUUUGCUGAUAGAUUUGCACAUCAUGACCGGCGACAUGCUGCAGGCAUUUUGCAAGAUGAGGGCUAGCACGCCUCAUGUCUUUUACUUCGGGUUGGCUGAAGACCAAAAUGAAGCCAGCUAUGUGGAGCAGUGGAUCAAGAAUGAUAUGGCUGACAAGUUUCUUGCUGGCACCGCGCUCCCCAACGGAGAGAAAAUUGAGGCGUCUGUCCCCGAUGAUUUGCUGGAGGUCAUUCGGGAUGGCAAGCUGUUCAUGCCUGCCAAGCUUGUGCAAGAAUGGCGUGGACACUCAACCUGUGGGAGCCAGUUCCAAAAGGUGCUGGACAAUUUUCUUGAGACCUAUGAGGUCAUCGAGGCCCAAGCAAUUAGUCCAAACGCUGAAGAGAAGAAGCGAAAAGCUGGAGAGCCAGAAGGACAGACAACCCCAAAGAGAACCAAGGCCACAGACCCAUCGCUUUUGAUUGAACUGGAGAAGAUCGACAAAGCGCUUUUGUAUGAGUGCAAGGUUGGCACCAACGUCAAGGACUCCUUGUGGCUUCAAGUCAGGGCUGGCAACCAUAUCUUCUUGGCCAACAAAGCCAACAAGGACUGGUCAGGCAAGGAUUUGCCAAUUUGUGGCUUCGGAAAGGGAAGCUUCAAGAUGAUCAAGGGUGAUGCUGACUUGCCGGAUGGUGGGGUUGAACUAUCUUUGGAAGGCAGUUCUGACCAGAUUUGUUUCGAUGGGCGUGUGGUGCAGCUGGGAGAAGUGGUGAAAGACUUGAGGAAAAAGAACCCCGAGACCAAAGUGACUUACUUCCAGAUGAGCUUUGAUAGUGAAGAUCCCCACAAGUUCCAACUGAAGAGAACCCAUCGAGUGGUGUUCAUUCCCAGGCCUGAGGAAAAAGCUGCUGAGGUGAAGGAUUCCAACGCUGGCGCUCGUGAGAAUGUACAGCUGUGGCACUCAAGUGAUUCAGUGGCCAUCAUGUGGCACAUGAAGCAUAGCCCAGUGAAAGGCCUCAUUCCAUUGAAGCCUGCUGUGUUUCUGAAAUCUCCGGUGCAGAUCCCGCCUCAGCAAGCGUUAGUAGUUGUUCGGCCCUAG